GAGAGGAAGCGAAAGAGAGUGAAAGGCUCCACACGGCAGAAUAUAAAUCUGUAUGUUAACCGGACUUAAAGCUGGAGGUCUCCAAGCGGCUUUAGUGGUUGUGCUGGUGGGGGUGACCAUAUAGCAUCAAGAGGUGGUCUUCCCUAUUAACUGAGGAUCUGUGCACGAAAGGAAGUGGGACCCGUGGAAGCUGUGAACGCCCGUUGUCAAGCACAGUGGUGGGCUGGUCGGAGGUCCCUGACCCCCCCUCAUUUUUAUUUCUAGAAGAAAAAAGAAGAGCCAAAGAGACACGAGAGAAAAACGAAGGUGGCAGCGAGGGACCAGUGAGCCAUUUAUCUCUUUAUUAUCUCCAUUCACAAAACCAUUGCAUCCCAUUAUCACAGCGAUGUAGAGGCAUUCUCUACGAUUAGAGGAGGAAGGGUCCCAUUGACUGCUGAGGCUUAGCACUUCUCUCCAAAACGCUAGCCCUUUUCAUUACAGCCCCCCCCCCCUCCUCCCGGCUUUCAUCUCUAUCCUUACGUCUGCUAUUUUCUCUGUUCCUCUCUCUUUUCUUAUCCCUCGUAUCCUUGUCCCUUUUCACACCACUCAGGAAUCAGGGGGCAUUGCGUUUUGGUAGAAGUGGGUGUUUCUGGAGCUGUCAUUGUGUUUGGUGCCGCUACAAAGGACAGCUGAGCAGGGAGUGAGAGGGACAGCUUUUUGGAGAUAAUAAAACAGCAGUGUGAAAAGAAAGGGGGGAUCUGACACUAAAGAAGCAGCUGACGACCACGGGAAGGUGCAUUGCAAUGAAAAGAAAACUGUUACAGAGACUGACAACCAUUUUAAGGUAGCUUUUAUUGAGAACAUUACCACUUCUGAGGGGAAUAAAGAAGCGGUGUGCCAAACAAGCAGGUUGGAUUCUUCAAUUGCUGUUGCUAAGCAAAGUCUUUAACUUGAAGUUCUUGGGGAGACAGUGUUGAGCAUCACUACAGCCAUGAAAGGAAGCUCAGAGGAAAGCAUUGAAAGCAUCAGGCCCUCCAACCUGCAAGCUUUUGCUAACAUUUCCACCCUACAUGGCAUGAGUCACAUAUUCGCCUAUGGACACAUGACAUUCCGUCGGUUUCUUUGGACUCUUUCCUUCCUGGGUUCACUAAGCUUAUUGAUGCUGGUCUGCAUGGAUCGAGUAUCAUAUUACCUGGAGUAUCCUCACGUCACCAAGCUGGACGAGGUGGCAGCAACUAACCUCACCUUCCCAUCCGUUACCUUCUGUAACCUCAAUGAGUUCCGCUUCUCCAAAAUCACCAGAAAUGACCUCUAUCAUGUGGGGGAGCUGCUGGCCCUCCUCAAUAAUAACUACCAAAUAGCCAACCCACACUUGGCUGAGCCGGAAGUGCUGGCUGCCCUAAAAGAUAAGGCAAACUUCCAGAACUUCAAGCCCAAACUGUUCAACAUGACUGAUUUCUAUAACCGCACGGGUCAUGACAUCAACGACAUGCUUCUGCAGUGCACAUUUCGAGGACAGGAUUGCUACGCAGUGAACUUCUCCACAAUUUACACACGCUACGGAAAAUGCUACACAUUCAACUCUGGAUUAGACGGAAACCCUUUGUUGACCACUUUAAAAGGGGGCACGGGGAACGGCUUGGAGAUCAUGUUGGAUAUUCAGCAGGAUGAAUACUUGCCUGUUUGGGGAGAGACAGAUGAGACCUCCUACGAAGCAGGCAUCAAGGUUCAGAUCCACAGCCAGGACGAGCCGCCCUUCAUUGACCAACUGGGAUUUGGUGUGGCCCCUGGUUUUCAAACUUUUGUGUCAUGUCAACAGCAACUGCUUCAGUACCUUCCUCCGCCUUGGGGAGAUUGCAAGUCUACGCCCAUAGACUCUGAAUUCUUCUCCACGUACAGCAUCACCGCCUGCCGCAUUGACUGUGAAACCCGCUACCUGCUGGAGAACUGCAACUGCAGGAUGGUUCACAUGCCCGGAACCUCAACAGUUUGCACACCAGAGCAGUACAAAGACUGUGCUGACCCAGCUCUAGACUUUUUGGUAGAGAAAGACAACGAUUACUGUGUCUGUCAGACCCCCUGCAACAUGACUCGCUAUGGCAAGGAGCUGUCCAUGGUUAAGAUCCCCAGUAAAGCAUCUGCUAAAUAUCUGGCUAAGAAAUUCAACAAAACUGAGCAGUACAUCGGAGAAAAUAUAUUGGUCCUUGACAUCUUCUUUGAAGCUCUGAAUUAUGAGAAAAUUGAGCAGAAGAAGGCCUAUGAAAUUGCAGGGCUCCUCGGUGACAUUGGAGGUCAGAUGGGGCUGUUUAUCGGAGCCAGUGUUUUAACAAUACUGGAAAUAUUUGACUACCUAUAUGAGGUGUUUAAGGAUAAGGUCUUGGGCUACUUCAUACGCAAGAAACGGCCACAGCGUUGUCAGAGCGACAAUCUGGAGUUUCCAGAGAACCCAACCAGCCCUGGUGUCACGCCUAAUCAUGCCCCCAGAGCACCUGUGACACCCUCCGGAGUCACUCGGACAGUCUCGGAUUCACGCCGAACAUGUUACCUCGUCACCCGACUCUAGGCAACUUUGAGGAGUUUGCCUGUUGACAACAUAACAAGGAGGGGUAGUGGGAGGGGGAGGGGGAGGGGGAGGGGGCACAUCUGGGGAACUUGACAGCAAACUGUGAAAUAAUGUAUGUAUUUAAGAGAAAAACAGUUGAGUGUGUAACUCAAGAAAACGCAUAGUAGAGUUUAUUAUUGCCUGAAUAGAAAUAGAAACACUAUCAUCAGAAGAAAAAGAGACCACUUCCAAAACAGAACUCAGGUUUAACUGCCAUGUCAAGGCGUCAGUGUUGAUUUAUUCAUGUUUCAUUUUGUCCGAACGGUCACUUUGGAGUAAACAAUCAGUGAAGGUAAAUACGUCCAAAACCUAGUUUCUGACCUGUGUUGAUGAGUUACACAGUACUGUUGUGCCCCC